AGAUCAAGAUUGUCCGGCAAAGGCUGGGUGUUUUUAGUGCUGUUUCCUUCCCUGGACAAGUGGAAGCCCCCGGCAGCACGUAGAGAUAUGGAGCGCUGGAAAGGUCGAGUUGCCUUGGUAACAGGAGCGUCUAUGGGUAUAGGAGCAGCCAUUGCAGGAGAUCUUGUGAAGAAUGGUAUGGUGGUGGUGGGGUGUGCCAGGCACGUAGAAGAUAUACAGGUGAAUUUACUGGCUGCCACCACGGUUGCACAUCUCUCCAUUAAGUCUAUGAAGGAACGCAAUGUGAAUGACGGACAUAUUAUUAACAUUAGCAGCUCAAUGGGCCAUGCUGUACUGGAAUAUGGCAACUUGCACACUUAUUCAGCAACCAAGCACGCACUGAACGCCAUCACAGAGGGUCUGCGUCACGAGCUGAGAAAAGAGAACUCCACGAUUAGAACAACGGUCAUAUGCCCGAGUUUGGUGCAGACUGGUUCCACAGAAGAUUUCCUCCUGGAGGAGGCAUUGCAAGUUCCAGAAAAGGCCCUGCAGCCCUUGGACGUUUCCGCGGCGGUGAUGUAUGCGCUCUCUGCCCCGCCUUGUGUUAACGUCCGUCAUAUUUGUAUUGCUGCGGUUCUGGAUGGCUACUUUUGAAGUGGAUUCGGCUCAGUACUCCACAUCUAUAAAUCAGGAUAACUAAAACAGCACAUUUAAUACAUAAACGUCCAUGUGUAAUAACCAGUAGGGAAAUUAAUAAAA